AUAAGUAGGUAAAGGAAAGCGCGUCUCAGUCGACAGCUGUGUUGCUCUACUACAGUGUGAAGAGCGCAUGUUGUGUUAACUAUAUCGCCAUAAUACAGACCAAUAGACACCUGCAAAAAUGUCCGAAGACAAACCCAAGGAGGGAGUAAAAACUGAGAACGACCACAUUAAUCUGAAAGUGGCUGGCCAGGAUGGCUCAGUGGUCCAGUUCAAAAUUAAAAGGCAUACGCCGCUCAGUAAAUUAAUGAAAGCGUACUGUGAGAGACAGGGUUUGUCAAUAAGACAGAUUAGAUUUAGGUUUGAUGGGCAGCCAAUAAAUGAGACGGACACACCUGCGCAGUUGGAGAUGGAGGACGAGGACACAAUUGAUGUAUUUCAGCAACAAACUGGCGGCUCCUGCUAAAACCCCAAAACACAUGGACCCCACACUUAUCUAUUUUAUCCCACAUGAUGUUUUCAAUUUAAAUUAAUUGUUUUCAUUCACAUUAUUUCCUCUCUCUCUCUCUCUGUCUCUCCUUUGUUGUCUCUAGCUUUCCUAGAGUGGGCAUCAAAAUGUGUUUCCGGUAAUCAUUAUUUAUACACAUUGGUUAGACAGCUACUGUGGUGUGCAAACAAACUCAACAUGGCUGCCAGAGGGCGUAGAUGUUCAAAUUGUCCUGUUAGCCAGCUGGGUUGUUAAGCAUAUUUGCAGUACAAGCCCUAAAUGGAGCAAUUGACUCCCAUAGUUUAUUCGCCCAAUAAAAUGUGGGGAAGCUUAGUUUGUUUUUGUUUUUUUCACCCCUAAUUCUAAAGAGCUUUAAGUAGGUCUGUUUCAGCUCAGAUUCGAUUUGCCUGUGUGUUGUAGAAAUAUGUUCAACCAGUGUUGUAUUCAUCUGCCUUUUUUGUUUGCUUUUUUUAAUGGGGCUGCUUCUAAUAUGAGCUCACCACAAGAGCGGGACUAUGGACUGUUGUGAUGGUAAAUUAAAAGUGAAGAGACUUGCUACAAGACAUAAUUUGCUGAGAAACCUUCUGGACCAAAUCCUAAAUAUGGUAGUCUGAUAUGGGCAGGAUUAAACCAGCUGCUUCUAAGUUUAUACUUUUAAAUGUCUGUAGAAAUAUAUCCAUUUAACGUUCCCAUUUCUUCUUAGAUCUUGGUUGAGGAGGUUGGAAUGUCCUAAAAAGACCAAUACCCAAACCCCCACUCCCAACCACCACCCUUUUUUUCUUUUUUUUCUUUUUUUUUUUUUUUAAUCCCAAA